AUGAAUUCCAACGACUCCAGCAGCUUCGACCAGGUCCGAAGACCACGGCCAAAGUCGACCAUUUUCGAAGGCUUCAGACAUCGUCGUCAAGCCUCUACCGAUACCCAAUCCCUCCAAAAUCCCUUCGACGUACCCGUCUCUCCCAUCCACCCAAAGAUCAUGGCCUUCGAGAAUUACUCCAACCCCGGUGCGCUGGCGGAAUUGCAGUACAACCAGCAAACGUCUGCACCCCGUCUGCCACAGCCGCAGCAGCGACAGGACCGAGGCCGAUCGCAGUCGCCUACCAAGAACAGCUUUGGCAAUUUCACAAUCAUAACCGCCCCAGGCAAAGAAGCCAAGGCGUCCAAGUCUCGCGAUCCCUCCCCCACGAAACCAAAAAGACCAAAGUCUGCGACAAACCUUGCUGGUCUGCUCAAGCCCAAGACCUUGCGAAACCUGGGCAGAUUCAAUUCAGAAGACGAUGUCAACUCAUCCAAGGACAAAGAAAACCAAACACCCGAAGAGCCUAUGGCGCCUCCUGCACAAACACCUAUAUACUCUCAAUUCGCAUCCAGACCGCUCAUUGACCAAGCACAGAGCAGUCGCCGAAGUAUGGAUGAACCCAGGCCUCCCACUGCUCAAGACAGCUACAGCAGCAGUCGAGUUGCUGUCAAGGAGCGACCAAAGUCAUACCACCCCAUACUCGGCGGGAUGGAGCCACCGCCAUCACCCACCAAGCCACGCACUUCCAACGAUUCCCGCAAAGGAUCAAAGGAUUCGACUGAGGCUCGAAGUAGGACCGGUCGAGGUAAGGUCUUGAGCGUCUUUACUACAUUCAGCCACAAGCGGUCCAAGUCGACGUCAACCGUACCAGAGCCGACAACGCCAGCGCUCGACCCCAAGGACAUUGAUAAGCACUUGGAAGCCAUGUUGGAUCGGCGAAACAUCCCGGAGAACCAGAGGUACAAGAUGAGAAAUUUGAGCGACACAAUUAAGAUGGAGUUUAUCCGACAGGACUGGGCCGAAUCACAAGGUUCUCGAUCCGACAGGCCCUGCUCGACUGACAGCGCCAACAGUGGCUUGAUUAUGGAAGCAGCCACGCAAAACGAAGAAAAGCAGAAGCGAUCAAGAGGCAAAAGCUUCAACCUGUCGCGAGGCAGAAAAGAGUCCAAGGAGCCCAGUUCUCCCAUCAAGAAAUCAAAGGGCGAGGGAACACUGGGCCGCCAUUUUAGAAGCAAGUCCACAGACAGCGUCGUCAGCGAAGCUCCCUCCACUAGCUCCAUCUCCAACUCUGGCAUCCUCUCCAAGAUCAAACUCAACCAAGGGCCUGCCGACUACGUUGCGUACCUUAGAAAGGUCCAGAAACCACAGCUUGUCGAGGUUGGCAAGGUCCACAAGCUCCGCCUGCUUCUGAGGAACGAGACAGUGGCAUGGAUCGAAGACUUUAUCCAACAAGGGGGUAUGAAGGAGAUUGUAGAUCUUCUCAACCGUAUCAUGGAGGUUGAAUGGAGGGAAGAACAUGAGGACGCACUCCUUCACGAAAACCUGCUCUGCCUCAAGGCACUAUCGACGACAGCUCGUGCCAUGCAAUACCUGGACACAAUCCAGGCUGAUCUGUUCCCGAAGCUUCUUCACAUGCUUUUUGACCCUGAAAAGAAGGGUCCUAGUGAAUUCACCACCCGCAACAUCGUAACCUCGGUCUUGUUCACGUAUAUCGAGUCUGCUGCCCCAGCUGAACGUGUCACGCGGGCGCAGAGAAUUCUGGCUCACCUGAGAGAUCCUGAGCCCGACGAGAACCAGCGCCCUCUGCCAUUUGUCUUGGAAAUGAGACAGGAAAGACCAUACCGGGUUUGGAAUAAGGAGGUCGUCAGUGUCACUAAAGAGGUGUUCUGGAUCUUCCUUCACAACGUCAACGUCGUAUCCCUUCCUUCGGACCGCCCCUCGUCCGCUGAUCACGCCAAUGCUCCCUACAGCUACAUGCUUCGGCACUUCCCACAGGAGCGACCGCCGGUCCCAGCAGCACCAUAUGUGGGCGGAGUUGAAUGGGACGCGACUAACUACCUUGCCUCUCAUCUUGACCUCAUGAAUGCUAUUUUGGCUUGUACGCUGACCAUGGAGGAGCGCAAUAACCUUCGCGCGCAAUUCCGUAUUUCUGGAUGGGAGCGUUGUCUGGGCGGCAGUAUGCGCCUUUGCAAAGAGAAGUUUUAUGGCAGUGUGCACGACGGUCUUCGGACGUGGGUCGGGGCGGCAGUUGAAGACGGCUGGGAUGUCAAGGACGUGCGAUACGGCCCGCCCCCUGACGCUCGGACUUCGCCAAAGAAAACCGGAGGUCAAAAGAAACCUGUCGAGGCGGCGCCAAAGAUUGAGAUGCCGAAGCUCGAUUUUGGACUGGAUAAGCCUUCCACUCCGAGUAGAGAUAAGGAUGUGUGGCUGUGA